UUGGAUGUUGUUAAUACCUUAACUCUGAAUCACUCCAUUUGAGUAUGCAGUAUUGUUGACUAUCAUUGCCAAUUGUAUAGUCCUAGCUUUGGAAGAGCAUUUGCCUGAAGAUGAUAGGACGCCACUAGCACAGAAACUAGAACUUACAGAACAAUAUUUCUUAGGGAUAUUUUGCGUAGAAUCUACUGUUAAGAUUUUAGCAUUAGGCUUUGUACUUCAUAGAGGGUCAUACUUGCGAAACAUAUGGAACAUCAUGGAUUUCAUCGUCGUAGUUACGGGGUUCAUUUCGAAUUUUAUGGAGGGUGGCGAAAUAGAUGUAGAUCUGCGUACAUUGCGAGCUAUACGUGUUUUGCGACCACUCAAAUUGGUUUCUGGGAUUCCCAGUCUCCAAGUCGUGCUCAAGUCCAUCAUCAAAGCGAUGGCCCCACUACUUCAAAUUGGCCUUCUGGUGCUUUUUGCCAUCGUGAUAUUUGCCAUCAUUGGUCUUGAGUUCUACAGCGGUGCUCUACAUAAAACUUGCUAUCUGAUUGUAGAUGCAACCGAAAUCUUCAAAGAAGGAGAAAGUGAAACUCCGUGCUAUAAGGGUGAACCAGAAGCUGCUCCAUAUGGCACGCGUCUUUGCAAUGAAGACAUAGCAGUUUGUAGAGAAGGUUGGGAAGGACCUAAUUACGGAAUCACUAGUUUCGAUAACAUCUUUUUUGCUAUGUUAACAGUUUUUCAAUGUAUCACCAUGGAAGGUUGGACUGCCAUGUUGUACUGGACGAAUGAUUCAAUGGGGAGUUAUUUCAAUUGGAUCUAUUUUAUACCUCUCAUCAUCAUCGGAUCCUUUUUUAUGCUCAAUUUAGUGCUCGGUGUCCUUAGCGGAGAAUUCGCGAAAGAAAGAGAGCGAGUAGAAAAUAAACAAGAAUUUAUUAAACUUAGAAGACAGCAACAAUUAGAAAGAGAGCUUAACGGAUACGUCGAGUGGAUAUGCAAAGCAGAGGAAGUUAUUUUAAAUGAAGAAAGAACAACAGAGGAAGAAAAGUUGCACAUAAUGGAAGCUCGACGAAAAGCUGCAGCAAAGCGUAAAAAAUUAAAAAAUAUGCACAGUAGAAGUACUGAAGAAGAAGAUGAGGGUGAAGAAGAAGCACCGACUGCAAAGUUAAAAUCGAAAGGUAUGGGAAAGUCUUCCUAUUUGAAACCAUCUGCAAGAGAUAGAGGUAAAUGUAAAAAGUUUUGGCGAGCUGAAAAAAGACUCAGGUUUGCCAUUCGCCAUGCAUCCAAAUCUCAAACAUUUUAUUGGGUUGUUAUUGUCCUUGUAUUUUUAAAUACUGUAUGUGUAGCUGUAGAACAUUAUAACCAACCUGAAUGGCUGGAUGAUUUUUUAUACUAUGCAGAAUAUGUAUUUUUGGGACUCUUCAUUUCUGAAAUGCUUUUGAAAGUUUACGCCCUUGGAGCACGCAUUUAUUUUGAAUCUGCCUUUAAUCGUUUUGACUGUGUUGUAAUUUCUGGUAGUAUAUUUGAAGUUGUAUGGUCCAGUGUGAGAGGAGGCUCAUUUGGUCUUUCUGUUCUUCGAGCGUUACGAUUGCUCAGGAUAUUUAAAGUUACAAAGUAUUGGUCAUCCCUUCGUAAUUUAGUGAUUUCAUUGCUCAAUAGUAUGAGAUCCAUCAUUAGUUUGUUGUUUCUACUCUUCCUUUUUAUACUAAUAUUUGCUCUUCUUGGAAUGCAGUUAUUUGGAGGAGCCUUCAAUUUUCCUGAAGGUACUCCACCUGCAAACUUCAAUACUUUUCCUAUUGCCUUGAUUACAGUAUUUCAGAUACUUACUGGAGAGGAUUGGAAUGAAGUUAUGUAUAAAGGUAUUGAAUCGCAAGGGGGUAUAAAGAAAGGUGGAAUGGUGUAUAGUUUAUAUUUUAUUAUUUUGGUGCUCUUUGGGAACUACACUCUUUUGAAUGUAUUCUUGGCCAUCGCUGUUGAUAACUUAGCAAAUGCGCAAGAAUUAACUGCGGCUGAAGCAGAAGAGGCUGAAGAAGAUAAAGAACGAGCUAAAGAAGAAUUAGAUAAGGAACUAAAAGAUCUGCAAAUGGGAAAUGACCCUCCUCAGGUUAAUAUUUGCCCACCUUCUCCAAUGAAUAAUGCAGAGAAAGGAAAAAAUUUUAAUCUCGAGAAAGGUAGCAACGAAGACAUUGAAAAAUCUAAUCCACCUACAAAGCAAAAUCUUGAUGAUGAUGAGCCAGAUGAGCCGAUAAAAGUUCCCAAGCCAAUUUUGCCCUAUUCUUCCAUGUUCAUUCUUUCAUCAACUAAUCCGAUCCGUCAAGUAGCUCAUUAUAUAGUAAAUCUUCAUUAUUUUGAUUUAUUCAUCAUGAUCAUCAUCACACUCAGUAGUAUAGCUCUAGCGGCAGAAGAUCCAGUGGAAGAAAACUCUCCUAGUAAUGCAAUAUUAAAUUACUUUGAUUAUGCUUUUACUGGAUUUUUUGCGAUAGAAAUGGUUUUAAAGGUUAUAGAUCAAGGUGUUAUCCUUCACCCAGGUUCCUAUUGUAGGGAUCUAUGGAAUAUUUUGGAUGCUAUAGUUGUUAUUUGUGCUCUUGUUGCCUUUGCCUUUGUUGGAAGCUCUACCGGUCAAAAUCUUAGCACCAUUAAAUCUCUGAGAGUUCUUAGAGUUCUCAGACCGCUCAAAACUAUAAAAAGAGUACCUAAGUUAAAGGCCGUUUUUGAUUGUGUUGUAACAUCCUUAAAAAAUGUCUUCAAUAUCCUCAUUGUUUACAUUCUGUUUCAAUUUAUAUUUGCUGUGAUAGCUGUUCAAUUAUUCAAUGGCAAAUUCUUUUUUUGUUCUGAUCAGUCUAAGCUUACUGAAGACGAAUGUCAAGGUGAAUAUUUUAAGUUUGGUGAUGGCGAUAAACCGCCGAAAGUAGAGGAAAGGAAGUGGGAUAAACGUAAAUUUCAUUACGAUAAUGUCGCUGCAGCGAUGUUAACAUUAUUUACUGUACAAACAGGGGAAGGGUGGCCUUCAGUCUUACAACAUUCUAUGGAUUCCACAUAUGAAAAUGAAGGUCCUCUUCCCAGGUUUCGUGUAGAGAUGGCUAUAUUUUACAUAGUGUUUUUCAUUGUAUUCCCGUUUUUCUUUGUCAACAUAUUUGUGGCCUUAAUUAUUAUCACUUUUCAAGAGCAAGGGGAGAAAGAGCUGGAGGAAGGUGAUUUAGACAAGAACCAAAAAUCGUGUAUUGAUUUUGCGAUCCACGCAAAACCUUUAGAGAGAUAUAUGCCACCCAAUAAGUCUGGUGUAAAGUAUCGUAUUUGGCUGAUGGUAGAUUCAACCAUUUUUGAAUAUUUCAUCAUGUUACUCAUUGUGUGCAAUACUCUUUUACUGAUGAUGAAGCACGACGGACAAGAUCCGUUGUUUACAAAAAUCUUGAAGUAUAUGAAUAUUACCUUCACUUCACUUUUCUCCCUUGAAUGUUUGCUCAAGAUCGUGGCAUUCGGAACGAGGUACCACAACGCAAGCAAUUUGUACCUAGACAUUUUAAGCUACCUGAACGAAGUUUUCACGUCUAUGUUCCUGCUAGAGUGUAUACUGAAGCUUGUGGCUUUUGGAUGCAAGAAUUUUUUUAGAGAUCCAUGGAAUACGUUCGAUUUUGUUACAGUUGUAGGAAGCGUUAUUGAUGUAAUGGUUAUGGAAUUAGGGACAAUUCUUGCAACACAGAUCAACUUCUUCAAUGUGGGGUUUUUGAGGCUAUUUCGUGCAGCUCGUUUGAUAAAGCUACUGAGGCAAGGCUACACUAUAAGAAUCUUGCUGUGGACUUUUAUACAAUCUUUUAAGGCUCUUCCAUAUGUAUGUUUGCUCAUUGCUAUGUUAUUCUUCAUUUAUGCCAUUAUUGGAAUGCAGGUUUUUGGGAAUAUCAAGUUUGAUCCUGAUACAGAAAUGAACCGCCACAACAACUUCCAUACCUUCAUACAGUCUCUCAUGCUCUUAUUUAGAUGUGCCACGGGUGAAUCAUGGCAAGAGAUAAUGCUUUCGUGUAUUAAGGGAUCGGACUGUGAUCCUCGAGCUGAAAAGUCGGAGUGUGGAAGCAACUUAGCGUAUGCAUACUUUGUGAGCUUCAUCUUCUUCUGUUCUUUUUUAAUGUUAAAUCUCUUUGUAGCUGUUAUUAUGGAUAAUUUUGAUUAUUUAACUCGUGAUUCAUCAAUUCUUGGAGCUCAUCAUUUGGAUGAAUUCAUCAGAAUGUGGGCAGAAUAUGAUCCUGGUGCAUCAGGCCAAAUUCAUUACACUGAAAUGUAUGAUAUGUUACGCAACAUGGAUCCUCCUCUUGGAUUUGGAAAUAAGUGCCCUUAUCGUUUAGCAUAUAAAAAACUCAUCCGAAUGAAUAUGCCUUGCACUCCUGAUUUGAAAGUUCAUUUUACAACUACUUUAUUUGCAUUGAUAAGAGAAAAUCUCAGUAUUAAAAUUAGACCUAUUGAUGAAAUGGACCAAGCUGAUAGGGAACUUAAAGAAACUAUUAGAAAAAUUUGGCCUCUGCAAGCAAAGAAAGCUAUACAUAAACUGCUUCCCCCUGAAGAAGAAUUGGAAGGUAUCAAAGUAACAGUUGGAAAGAUUUAUUGCGCUUUGCUCAUAUUAGACAACUGGCGAACUUCUCGGUUUGGAAAACUGUCGGGAAGACCUAGAGAAAAGACACCUACGCCUCCUCCUGAUGCGCGUCCAUCAUUUCUUCGGCGCCUGAUGGGAGUCACGCGUAACCCGAACUCUCGGAACAAUCACGGCAACCACAACCUUGAUGAACAUUAUGAUGAAGACAAAGACCAAAUGCCUCGUUCACCCAGAGGAUCUGUUUUUGAACCAAAUCAUGGUUCUGAAAAAAUUCCUGAUGAUGAAAGGGGGCGCCAAGGCCCUUUAAGUUUUCUUCGAAGAGGCAGUAGUCACUAUAAAAAGAAAUAUUAUGGAACUAAUAACCAGCAGGCAAUGGAAUUACUUGGAAUCAACAACUCUCGAAGACCAUCACAGAUAAGUUUACGCUCCCCUACAAGACCAAAUAAUGGCGACCAUUUGAGACCAAAUGGAUUUGGUAUUCACCGACGAUCUCGCUCAAGAUCUCCAGGUCGUGGCCGAUCACCAACUCCGACUAGACUGAGAGGUCGCUCACCAACUCCCAUGGGAAGGUCCCCUUCAAGAGGACAUGAAAUUGGCUUUUCUGACAUUGUGGACGCUGUGAGUGAUGUUGUAGAAUUUGCUAAAUAUGACACCUCUCGAAAAGACAGCAGGUCAAGAGCUAAAACUCGCGAUGAUGAAUACUCACAUUCUCACGAUCCACCUUCACGAGGAAGAUCUCCUGAACAGUGGCCAAAUAAGACAAACUGGCAAGCUGGAUCUCCACCCAGAUGGAGCCGAAACAACAGUCCCGAGUACCACUCUUCGUGCCUUGACAGAAGAUCCCGUAGCCCAAGCCCCAAACCAACUCCCACACGUAGCGAUUACCAUUAUCGCAUGGGCAUUUCCCAAGAACAUCAAUCUCGCAGUCCAAGCCCAUCUUCCGCCCAUAGUUUACCACCUCAAAGGCGUCCGGGGGGUCGGAGAUUGCCACCGACCCCAAAUCAGCCUUCAAAGCUGCGGUUUGAUAUGCAUUCUGCAGAAGGAAUCAACUAUCCAUCUCGCGUUCAUUCUCCACCUAUGCCUCAACAUCGCGGUGUGUUGAAUGUUAUGAAUUUCCCCCGUCUUAAUCCUUCACCUUCUCACUUGCCAAAGUUACAAAUGCCACCUCUUUGGCGAGACAGGACGUCAACUUACUUGGAAACACAAUGCCCACCCCUUAUACGGACGGAAUGGCAAAGUAGCAGUUUGCCGGGUCACCAAGCCAGCUUGAGAGAUCGUGAUUCAUAUUUAUAUCCAUCUUUGUCAUACCACAGUCAGAAUAUGGAACUUGAUGAACCUCUCAGUUUUGAAGUGGCGGCCAGUAUAGGUAGAGGAUCACGACAUCUUCCAUCACCACUUCCUAAUGGUUACAAGCCAAGCCAAAGAGAUCGAAUAAUGCACAGAGAUUCUCCAAUGAUUGGAUUACGGACCGGUCACGUAGGGCUUCGGAGAACAGACUCGGAUGAAGACGAUUGGUGCUAACCAAUCGAUUUAUAGCUUUUUCAAUUGUAGAAAAUUUAAAAAGCCCUUCUUAAAAGAGAGAGAAAGGAAUCUCGUUCAUGGCAUUUGGAAGCCACAAUACUGUAUAUAAUAUUAAAACAUAUUUCAAAUUGUGAUUGCCAUUAUCAGGCCCUAGUAAAAUAGUUGCUUUUCUAGAGCUAAAACAUCUUUCUGGUCAUAUCGUCUAGAUACAACCCAUCUGGUCUUUCAUGCUGAGAAUGCUGUGAUAACACGGCUUCAAUAUAUUUUUAUGCAUUACAGUUAAAUUUUGUAAAGAAAUAAUCUGAGGUAACACAUGAUUUUACAUUAUUAAUAUAAUCUUUUUUCUAUUUCAAUUGUAAAAAUUUAUUAUUCGAUAUUUAUUCACAGUGAAAUAAUAGGAAAGCACAAAAAAAUAAUUGAAGCCCUUUUAACUUUUCAAUGCUUAUUUCUUUUACAUGUUUUUUGGGUGCUUACAUAAACAAUAGAUCUGGUGGUUUUGAAAAUGAGAAAAUUACCUAGUUUGCAGAGAAAAAUUCAGGUCACAUUUGCAACUUUCUAUAAGUGUAACCAUCGGAGGUUUUUCAACUUUAAAUCACCAUGGAUUUGACCCUUAGUGAGUGAUAAAAUUCUGGGAUAUAUUUACAUCCUUUAUAGAAAACUUGUUUUAAAUUUUUUUUUCUCACAGGAAAAUAUUUUUUAUACUAUUUUUUCCCUUUUCAGUAACUUAUUUUCUCUUGACAAAUUUAAAAACCAGAGACUAUGUCAAUUUGGUAACUUCCAUCCAUCAUUAUUUUCACUAAUUGGAAAUAAUCUUCACUCUAACAUUUUCUCCGACCUUAAGGACAUUGGCAUUUAUACGUCUAUCUAGUUUUUUAAACCAAAGCAGAAUUGUGAUCCUAGUUGGAGAUAUUUCCUAGUUGGAGGCACAAUAUAGCCAAAACUGGCUCUUGUGCCAAAAAAUCAAAUCAAAUCUCUUGGCAUAAACUCUGCCAUUAUGUAUACAUAUAUGCUAGUCAAAUGCGCGAUUAUUGCUGCUGCCUUUAGGCAUGGGAUUUUGUGAUUUAAAUCAACCACUUUUGAUUUCAGUUCCUUGCAAAUAGCUUGGUUUGAAUUGAGUUUCCAGAGCUACAUUCUCACCGAGCGUUAAAAAAGGCACCGAUUUAGAAUUAAUUGAUUCAAUUGGCUGCUAUUUCUGCUUCUAUGUGCAAGUUGAUCAUAAUAAAGGAUCUUCAUGGUGAGAUUCAAAAUCAUUAUAGGAGAUAUUUAAAAUAUUAGUGUUUACAAAAUGAAGGAGUUAACUUGUACACCCGUAAUAAAAUCCUAUAUUCAUUGAUUGUUAAAUAUUGGUAGAUUUUAAACAAGGAGAUAGAUAUGAAUCAAUCCAUUAAUAUUAAAGAUAUGAAUCUGUAACAAUUUAUUCCUUUCGAAAACUAUUUUUAAUAUGUUACAAACAACUAAUUUUGCAUUUCUUUUCAUCAUAUUUUCUUUAUAUAUAUAUAUAUAUCGAAACAAUAAUUUAAAUUACGUUCAGAAAAAAUUAUAUUUCUUUAUUUGAGGGAGUGCCUCAUAGCACCUUAAACUAAAGGCAAAUAUAUCAUAACCAGGCGGAACAAUGUGAAAUAUGUUAAACUUUAAAAAAUUUUGUAGACUUAAUAGGUAUUUUUUUUUUGUCUUAGAAAUUUUUCAUACUUUUUUUUCCAACAGUCUACUUAUAGAACACUGGAAAUUUGGUAUCUUGUAAUCAAAAAUAGGGAGUCUGAUUAUACACUGGGAUAUGUUAAUCUAAUUUUUAGAGAGUAAAAUUAUCUUCAGUAUAGUGUAUACUACUACCUCCAAAAUUUGAACAUACAAUCAUGAGGUGAAGGGAAAUUUUAACUGAAGAUAUGCAGUAUUUGCAACUGUAUGACAAAUAUGUGAAUUUAUGGUUUUCAUAAAAAAAAUUUUUAAAAAAAUUGAUAAAUCUGUUACAUUCAAAUUUUUAAAGACCUUAAUUAACUUUUUUUUAUUAAGAUUAAACACGAAUUUCAAAUUUAAGGAUGUGUUACCUCAGAUGAUUUUAGCCAUUACUCUGUAGCUAUAUUUUUGUUUUAUCAGUGUUAUUUUUUUUAUCUCUCUUAGCUUACAAAUAAUUUUCAUUCCCAAUAAUUUAUUUGGAUGUGUUAGACAUUGUCUCACCACAGAAUGUUACAAUUCUAUAAACUAAUUUAAAAGCAAAAACCAUCCAUUAUUGCACUCAUUGCCAAUUACCUUACUCACACAUAUUUUCACAUGUCAUAUUUGCCAAAUAUGUGAACUUUUUGUACAUAAUAUUGCUGUUUUUUAUCAGUCAAAACUCUUAAUAUUGAAUACCAUCCAUUACAGCUCACUUUAGCUCCAUUAAAUUUUGUUGACUAUCAAUAAAUGUUUCUGUUAGUCAGGUAAAUAAAUGCCAAAGUGUAAAAAAA